GUAUCACUGUUUUAAUGUGCAAUGAAAGUAGCCAAGCUAGUAUUUCACUUUUACACACACACACACACACACACACAGAGAGAGAGAGAGAGAGAGAGAGAGAGAGAGAGGCUGUCUGGUCGCUUCCGGCUUCAAACUCUCAGACAAACAGCGCUGCUUUACUACGAGCUUCAGAGGAGUCGAGCAGCACACAUGACACACAACAACUAAACUACUCUACAUGUUUCCUGAGAGGAGCAAACUGAGAGAGGAUUGCACUGCUCGGUACGAAACGCUUUGAAGUUUUUUCCUAAAAUAACCAGAGAGGAGAAAACACCAUCAGCAGGAGAGAAAGACUUCUUCUUCUUCUUCUUCUUCUUGUGUGGAGGAGGACUUUCUGGUGAAAAGGUGAAGAAGAACCGGCGGCUGCGUCGAAUGGAAGAAAACCAAAAACACAACACAAGAAGAGGAGAUAAAACCAGUUGUUUUUGGUGCAGAAAGGAGCCGUAUCUGUGCAUGUUCCCCAGUAGUCAGACACCAGACUGAGAAGAGUCAUCCUCGGUUUAUAGCUGCUGGUAUCUGGUUGUAAUAUCACCAAGAAGACUAAUACAAGUGUCCCGGAGAGAGAGAGAGAGAGCUGAGCAGCGCUGAGUGGCGGGUGCAGCUUUUUCUGUCAGCGUGGAGCCGUCGCUGCUGACUGAAUACAGAGGAAACACUGAAGCUUCAGGGGAGAUUGUCAGAUGUGUACCCAGCACCCAAAGCCCCUGGCCUGGCCGCGGGGAUGGCAGCCUCUGCCCUGAACCUUAACGGCCUUGGAGUCAUGAACAGCAGUAACCAGUUUCACACCCAGCCAGGCUCCUCUAGUACCACUAGAACCAGCCCAGUCAGUCGUCCUGUGCUGCCGGUUCCAGAUCGGAGCACCUACUGUCAGUUACUGGGUGGGGGAACGCCGGGUGGAGGUCUCUACAGCCCAACCAGCCCUAAGACGAGCCCUCGAGCCCUGGGUGGAACCUUCGUCUUCCCCUCUUCAUCCUCGCUCUCCCCUAGCCCCACCCCUCGCGCUCGCUCCCCCUCCCCGCGAAGCCCGGAGCUCCUCGGAGUCAAUGUGGGCCAGCGGGUCCGCCGACUGAGCUCGCCCGGCGGUGAGGAGAGAGGGGAAGGAGAAGGCCAGGAGGAGAGAGGAGGAGAGACGGGAGGAGGAGAGAGGCGAGAAGAGAGGAGACGCCAGGCACAGCUGCUGCAGAUACACAGAGAGCUGCAGAACGUCGAGGUCAGGGGAAAAGUGGGCAUUUUCGAGGCCCACAUUUCGGGAAUCCGUGCCCAAGUGUUGAACACUGAGCUCCAGCGCAGCCCUCGGUCUCCAAGACGAUCGCCUUGCCAAAGCCCUUCCCAUCCCGGCCAACGAAACACAGCCCUUGAAUGCCCAAUGACCCACCCGCAAGAGAGUAAAAUUCCCUCUGUUGUCCAAAAUGGAAGAGAAAGGGAGGAAGAAACAAUGGAAGGAGAAAUGAGAGGAGGAGGAAGGAAAGAUGAUGAGAAGGACAACAGUGCUUUUAAAACAAACACAGAGAACAAGACACUGAUUGGUCAAAAUGGCAGCCAUUCAGAAACAACAAUGCAAACUCCGUGUUUAGACAGACCGUUUGUCGUUGAGACAUUGAACUCAAAUGCGACAACAGACAGAGAGAAAAAAGAUGAAGGGGAGGUAGAAAACAAACAAAUGUUGGGAGACGAAAGAGAACGGACAGAGAGAGAAGUGAGAGAUGAGAGAGAGGACCGGUUGUGUCUGCUCCAGACAGACGCAAACAGGUUGGAGGUUAACCCAGAGACAGAUGCUUUUCCUCGGGUACAAAACAGUGAGAGCUCUCCUUGUUUGAUGGACACCGAUCACACCUCCAACCACUCUCCCUCCAUCCCUCCCUCCAUCCCUGCAGUCAUAAUAACUGACCACGGUUUGGAAGGCCAGCCUCUGACCUCUGAAGGCCCCGGCUCAGACCAGGGACUAGGCUGCACCCCUAGCCCCAGUUCGAGCCCCGUCCCUGGGCCAAACUCCUCCAACCGCUCCCUCAGGAAGCUGUCGUCCUCCUCUGCCUCCUCGGCCGGUUUCUCCUCGUCUUGGGAAGAGUCGGAGGAGGAUAUUUCCAGCGAUACAGAGAAAGGAGAGCAGCUUCUCAACCCUGCAGUCCUCACGUCUCAACAGAAAGCACACAAGUCUUGGAAGAAGAUCAAGAACAUGGUCCACUGGUCGCCGUUCGUCAUGUCCUUCAAGAAGAAAUAUCCCUGGAUACAACUGGCCGGGCAUGCAGGGAGCUUCAAGGCGGGAGCCAACGGCCGUAUAUUAAAAAAACACUGUGAAUGUGAGCAGCGCUGUUUGUCCCUCCUGAUGAGGGACGUUCUGCGCCCGUACGUCCCUGGUUACCAUGGAGACGUGGAGAAAGACGGCCAGAAGUACAACCAGAUGGAGGAUCUGCUGGCGGAGUUUGACUUCCCGUGCGUGAUGGACUGCAAGAUGGGAGUGAGGACCUACCUUGAGGAAGAGCUGACCAAGGCUCGUAAGAAACCCUCCCCGAGACCCGACAUGUAUCAGAAAAUGGUCGAGGUCGAGCCCGAGGCGCCGACGCCAGAGGAAAAGCUCCUGAAAGUGGUGACCAAACCCAGAUACAUGCAGUGGAGGGAGACCAUAAGCUCAACGUCCACCCUGGGAUUUAGGAUAGAGGGAGUCAAGAAGGAGGACGGGACGGUGAACAGAGAUUUUAAGAAGACGAAGACGAGAGAACAAGUUACUGUAGCCUUCCACGACUUUGUCAAAGGAAAUAAGGACAUACUGAACGGUUAUCUAAGCAGGCUGAAGGAAGUCAGAGACACUCUGGAGAUCUCCCCUUUCUUCAAAACCCACGAGGUGAUUGGCAGCUCCUUGUUAUUUGUUCACGACAGUAAGGGACGGGCCAAAGUGUGGAUGAUCGACUUUGGGAAAACAACACCUCUUCCCGACGGGGACGAACUAACCCACCGAGCACUAUGGGUAGAGGGCAACAGAGAGGAUGGUUAUCUCGCUGGACUUGAUAGUUUGUUGGACAUCAUUUUAUCCAUGGCGAACUCUGAGACUUGAAGUCUGAGGGUUUAAAAAAAAAAAGAAAAAGAAAAUCCAAGUGAACAUUUGGACACACAACAACCACUUCCAUUCAUUCUUCUUUUCUCUCGGGAACACUUUGGACUUCCUCAUGGAUUCCUUCAUUUGUCCUCAUGUUGGAAACCGCAUCAUCCCGUAACAAUGCGUGACCAAAUCCAUUCAUGGUUGACACCUUUCUAUUCAGAGCCGGUGGAUUUCCCAUCCAUAGCCCUUUUGAUGUGAUCCGUAACAGGUCUUUUUCACAGCAAACAAUAAACAAUAAAGAUGACUCAGUUCCAGUAAGUCUCCCAGUAAGCCAUCCCUGUGAGCCAGCAUUCACAAUAUCAUUAAUGUCAUCACCUGUUUUUUCUGCUAUGACGUCGAAAUGUCUGCUGUGAAAAAAGGUCUUUAAACCUGCAAAACAACAUUUUACUAAAGAAAUUUUACAAAAAAAUGUAGAUUACCUAUUUCAAAUUGAAAGCUAAGGCUGGUGAUAUUUUUGUUAUUAUGAACAAAUCCCAUAAAAAGACCCAAAACAAUAUGUUAUGCCAAAUUCACACCAGGCAGCGGCGAAGUACAACUCACCGCAAUAAUAAUUUUUUUCUGCGGCCAGGAGGCGUAUUCUUGUGUUUUAGGCUGGAAGAAAUUCUUUGUAACAUAGGUCAACAUGGUCUGUUUACUUAUUCUCUGGCCGCACUUCGCCGCUAAACUUUUAUGAACUUUUAGUUUGGCCACACUUCGCCACAGAAUGAAACGGUGGCAGCAUGCUGAGCUUGGUAGCGGGCCGCCGCAGCUUUUCACAGAUAUUGCAUGGCAGCUCGCCGCAGGCUGCACUUGGCCGUUGCUCAGGUGUGAAUUCUACGUAAGUUUGUUUUUCAAUAUCUUCUCAGCCUGUCUGUGGCUCUCGGUGCCAAACACAUUUGUCCCUGCUGAAGACGUAAAUCUAUAAAAAGUGUAUCAUGAAUAUACGGUUUAAUUUUUAAAAAAAGACUACAUCAUUUUCUAGAACAGCUGGGCACUGUAGUUUUUAGAAAACAUUACACAAACAGGAGGAAAUAGUGUGUUUUGUUGGGGACUAUUUUCAGCAGCGGAUUAAUACACUUUUGGUGUGGUAGUGAAUGUUUGGGAUUAACAGUGCCCAUGUUCAUUGUAAUGAAUGAACAUGUCGACCAGUGCAGCAGCAAUAAUGUGGCUUACUGAUGUGUUUCUGAUUUGUGUUUUUUGACAAAGAUGGACCACUAUGGCUCAGAGGAAUACGCUUUAUCUGACUUUAGAUACAUAGACAAUAAGUUUAGGAUCAAUUGAUAGUUGGUUUUGGUCUUUUUGUGGGAUUUGUUGAUAAUACAAAUAAAGAAAGAAAGAAAAUAUCACCAGAAUUAUCAUUUAAAGCCACUAUGUGUGGAAUUAGAUUUUAAUUUCUGACUUUGGCGCUCCCUGGUGGUAGCAUCAAAAAAGACAUUGUAAUUGUUUCACUUUUCUAAAUGAUGCUAUCCUAAUUUGAAAGAUGCUGUAAUCACAUAAUAAUUGUAUAUAUAGGGGCCUUAAAACUUCCAUAUUUUACAUUAAAUAUCUUGAUUUGGGUACACCCUUAGCUCUCAUGACUUUUAAACAGUGAUUUAGACGUAUCUCCAUUGAAUCAGAGUUAGAUUGUAUUUCUUCCUCAGCAUAUCUGAACUCAAUUUUAUUCGAUUUUUUUUAAAUCUGUUUGACCACAACUUCACCAAUUUCUUUUAAAAAACAAUCUGCACUUGAUUACAUUUCCACUGUUAGAGAGAUUAUACAGUUGAGUGUGUUUUAUGGUGGAAAACAAAACUAGUCUUUUAGUUGUUUUAACCUCUGUUCAACCAGGUCACACUUAGAAGUUAGAUACUGUAGGUUUUCAGUGGCAACCAUGUUUCCUCCACAAUAAUCCGGCAAUUGUGUGGAGCUAAAUUGUACAUCUCACUGUAGUUUCAGUAUGUUACAGAGCGCAUUGUUUAACAGCCAACAUAGCGUCCAUAGUUCUUCCCUGAACAAACACUUCUCACCCUUCUCACACUUCUUUUGUUGGGAUUGUUCACAAUGUACAAUAUGGUUUAUUAUGUUUGAUGUAGUUUUUCUGUAACAUUAUUUUAAUGUACUCAAAUCCUGUGGAACACUUAACAGCCAUGAACAAUCGUAUUUAAGCUAUACAGUGCCUUGACAUUACAAAGCCAAGUCAUAGACAACUGAAAAUAUGUUUGAAAUGUUACUAUGAACUUUUCUCCUAGUCUUAACUGUUUCUGUGCGUAGUCUCGGGUGCAUGUUUUAUUAUCCUCUUAAAGUUUGGGCUUAAUUUGUAUUUUGUUCUGUUUUUAUUUAUAACAUUAUAUUAUGUUUUCUUUUUUUUUGUUUAGUUAAUGGGAUACUGUGACAUUUUGAAUUUUGUUGUUUUUGUCUUCAAGCAUGUGUUACAGCAUGAGUGAUGAUGGGGCAGGUCUGCUGACAUUGUGGACUUUAUUCAAAACAUUGGAUGUGGCGGUAGAAAAGAUUGAUGGUGUUUAGACAAUGAUUCCCAUUUAUUUGAAUGGAGAAUGCAAACAUUCACUUAGAAGCUGGUUGGGCAGAUAAGGGAGAAAAACAUGUCUUAUAAUGUAACAGGUUCUUGAUGAACAAUAAAAACUAAAUAGUGUGUAGGUUCCACUCUAUCAUAUAUUUACCGUGGUUUUCAGUUGAUGUUUGCAGUGACGGUAGACGCAGAAAGAGACUGAUUAUAAUUCCAUGCAGUGCCUUCUUAAAGAGGUAUUUCAACAUUUUGGGAUGCUUAUUGGCUUUUUUGCCGAGAGUGAGAUGAGAAGAUUGAUACCACUCUCAUGCCUGUACGCUAAAUAUGAAGCAUUUGCCAGCAGC